AUGGCAGACACUAAGAAAGCUCGUCAAGAGGACGACUGCAUGGACGAGGAUGUCAGCCAUCCAUACUACGCCGCAUACAAGAACGAAAUACAGGCUGAGCUCGAUGAGAUAGCAACUAUGCGGCAGGAGGAUGGGAGUGAGUUGCCAAAUAAGCGUGUGAAGAAGCUCAUCAAGACCAUACAUGCGAAAUACAAGAAGCUCUACACAGCCACAAAGCAAGAAGAAAGGUCUGCCGAUCAGCAGCGUCAGACAGAAGCACACCUUGCUGAGCUUCCCGAGCGCAUGGAGCCGUACACGGGUCUGGCAAAGCGUUUAAGAGUUAGGGACUUUCCUUAUUACAAGGCAGUUGACAAGCCUGUUGUUGUGUGUGGUUGGUGCCACCGUGUGCGCGUCUCUUCUCCCAAACUUGCUUUCGUGGUACUUAGAGACGGGACCGGAUACUGUCAACUGGUUCUUAACGAGGCCUGCAUGGGUACUCGUAGGACUCAGACACUUCUGCGCACAGAGGCCGCUGUCAAAGCUGUAGGAAUUCUUGUCGCUGAUACGCGCGCACAAGGCGGCUACGAAAUUCAGUGUCUCUACUUUGACAUUAUUGGUCCGUCAUCUGGAGAGUUUGAAACGCGGAUCACCCCAGAGUCUGGUCCCGAUGCUCGUGCCAGAGAGCGCCAUCUCAUUCACCGAGGCGAACAUGGGUCUGCAAUUUUGAAAGCAAGGGGCCGGAUUCUAAGGGCCUUCCGCAACCACUUCUACUUCAAAGGCUGGACAGAGGUUACUCCACCAACAAUAGUCAACACCGAAUGCGAAGGAGGCUCUAGUCUGUUCAAAGUGGACUUUUAUGGAGAAGACGCAUACCUUACCCAGUCCUCACAGCUUUAUCUGGAGAGCGUCAUUUCUGCCCUUGGGGAUGUCUAUUGCAUCUUGCCUUCAUUCAGAGCAGAGAAAUCGAACACAAGGAGACACCUUUCCGAAUUUACACAUCUUGAAACAGAGCACCCGUUCAUUACGUUUUCGGAGCUCUUGGGGAUAAUUGAGGAUUUCGUGAUCUCUGUUGUCACUGAGCUGAAAAAUGACAAGCAAUUCUAUCCCCUUGUCCAGUUCCUUAAUGGUGACAACUUUGACAAGAUUGCCUCAAGCUUGAAGAAACCCUUUAAACGUAUGAGGCACAGUGAAGGAAUAGACUGGCUGAAUGAUCACGGAAUUACCAAGGAGGACGGUACAGCAUUCACUUAUGAUGACGACAUUCCAGAAGCCCAGGAGAGGAAAAUGAUCGAUGCCAUAGGAGAACCGGUUUUCCUUACACACUUUCCAGCACAUCUGAAGUCCUUUUACAUGGCACGCUGCAGUGAUGAUCCCUCUUCCCCAGACUACCUUCUCACGGAAAGUGUCGACUUACUCGUUCCCACUGUUGGCGAAAUUGUCGGGGGGAGUAUGCGUAAGUGGACGUACGAAGACACAUACAAGGCCUGUGUUGAUGCAGGGCUCCCCAUUAAGCGCUACUACUGGUAUCUUGAUUCACGCAAAUUCGGUGGCUGUCCUCACGGCGGAAUGGGCCUGGGUCUGGAAAGGUUCAUUUGCUGGUUACUAGGAAUCUAUACUGUUAGGGACACAGUUCUUUACCCUCGUGCGCCGGGUCUCAUUGAGCCGUGA